UUUUGAACUCUGAAUUGGGCUUUGAAUUCUUUUAAUUUUGAACCCUUCAACGAUUGUUUUGAAAAUGGGCGGCCGUUCUCUCCAAGUGAUGACAAAUUACUGAUUUGUCCACGGGACGAUGACAACAAUGAUUGCGAGAACCUUAUAUACUGUCGCAAUGAUUGCCUCAAGCUUCUCCAUGAUGACUUAUAGCUACGAGAACGACAACUUAAGCUACACAGAGUGUCUUAAUGACACAGACUGUCAGAGCAAAUACAACUGGGAGGCCCCAUACCAGGAGUGUGUCUCAGGACUGUGCAAGUGUCCACUAGGAACAUGUCAGAUCACCACGCAGCUCAGCUUCUGGAACAGCCAACUCGUCCGAUACUAUUGUGGCACGUGUGGCAGCUAUGGGUCACAGUGCUCAAGCGAUGAAUCUUGCCUGCCUCCAGACAGUCUCUGUGACAUAUACUGUAGAUGUCCUAAUGACCACGGCUAUGUAUCCUACGGCUUCUGCCAUGUGUUCGUACCGACGUCUGCUGUGAGCUCCCUUAACCUGGUGCUGACGGGGGUUCUGAUCCUCAUAAUCAUCCUCAACAAGUUCAUGAAUUC